UACUUAUUACGAUAGCAACAAAUUGGCAAACAAAAUAGAAAAAUCGGAGGAAACAUGCCCGCAGCCAUCUUGGUUUUCUUUACCACGAAGGACUCAGAGACUCCAUCAUGAGCUCUUUGAAGUUACAGAAGAGGCUAGCCGCCUCGGUUAUGCGAUGCGGUAAAAAGAAGGUUUGGUUAGACCCGAAUGAAAUCAACGAAAUCGCCAAUACGAAUUCCCGUCAGAACAUCCGUAAACUCAUUAAGGAUGGUCUGAUCAUCAAGAAACCUGUAGCGGUUCACUCUAGAGCUCGUGUCCGCAAGAAUACUGAGGCCAGGCGCAAGGGGCGUCACUGCGGCUUUGGUAAGAGGAAGGGUACUGCGAAUGCUCGUAUGCCACAAAAAGAUUUAUGGAUUCAACGUAUGAGAGUCCUUCGGCGCUUGCUGAAGAAGUACCGUGAGGCGAAGAAAAUUGAUCGCCAUUUGUACCAUUCGUUGUACAUGAAAGCUAAAGGUAACGUCUUCAAAAACAAGCGUGUUCUUAUGGAAUUUAUCCACAAGAAAAAGGCUGAAAAGGCUAGGACCAAAAUGUUGUCCGACCAAGCUGAGGCUCGCCGUACAAAGGUUCGGGAAGCACGUAAACGCAGGGCUGAGCGCAUCGCCACUAAAAAACAAGAGCUCUUGCAGUCCUACCAGCGCGAAGACGAAGCAGCUGCAGCACAGAAAAAAUAACUUAGACCACCCGACAAUUUUAUUGUAUAAAUAAAUUUAAAAA